CCCUGGAGCUGAGCUGCUGAGGGCUGUGGCUCAGUGCUGGGCGUGGAUUUGGUGGUCUUAAAGGUCCUUUCCAACCAUAAUGAUUCAGUGGCAGGGGGUUAUUAAGCACUGAACAAGCUGCCCAGGGGGCUGGGAUCCCAAAGCCCUGGAGCUGAGCUGCUGAGAGCUGAGCUGCUGAGAGCUGUGGCUCAGUGCUGGGUGUGGAUUUGGUGGUCUUAAAGGUCCUUUCCAACCAUAAUGAUUCAGUUGCAGGGGGUUAUUAAGCACUGAACAGGCUGCCCAGGGGGCUGGGAUCCCAAAGCCCUGGAGCUGAGCUGCUGAGAGCUGUGGCUCAGUGCUGGGGGUGGAUUUGGUGGUCUUAAAGGUCCUUUCCAACCAUAAUGAUUCAGUUGCAGGGGGUUAUUAAGCACUGAACAGGCUGCCCAGGGGGCUGGGAUCCCAAAGCCCUGGAGCUGAGCUGCUGAGGGCUGUGGCUCAGUGCUGGGCUUGGAUUUGGUGGUCUUAAAGGUCCUUUCCAACCAUAAUGAUUCAGUGGCAGGGGGUUAUUAAGCACUGAACAGGCUGCCCAGGGUGCUGGGAUCCCAAAGCCCUGGAGCUGAGCUGCUGAGGGCUGUGGCUCAGUGCUGGGCGUGGAUUUGGUGGUCUUAAAGGUCCUUUCCAACCAUAAUGAUUCAGUGGCAGGGGGUUAUUAAGCACUGAACAGGCUGCCCAGGGGGCUGGGAUCCCAAAGCCCUGGAGCUGAGCUGCUGAGAGCUGUGGCUCAGUGCUGGGCGUGGAUUUGGUGGUCUUAAAGGUCCUUUCCAACCAUAAUGAUUCAGUGGCAGGGGGUUAUUAAGCACUGAACAGGCUGCCCAGGGGGCUGGGAUCCCAAAGCCCUGGAGCUGAGCUGCUGAGGGCUGUGGCUCAGUGCUGGGGGUGGAUUUGGUGGUCUUAAAGGUCCUUUCCAACCAUAAUGAUUCAGUGGCAGGGGGUUAUUAAGCACUGAACAGGCUGCCCAGGGAGCUGGGAUCCCAAAGCCCUGGAACUGAGCUGCUGAGGGCUGUGGCUCAGUGCUGGACAUGGAUUUGGUGGUCUUAAAGGUCCUUUCCAACCAUAAUGAUUCAGUGGCAGGGGGUUAUUAAGCACUGAACAGGCUGCCCAGGGUGCUGGGAUCCCAAAGCCCUGGAGCUGAGCUGCUGAGAGCUGUGGCUCAGUGCUGGGUGUGGAUUUGGUGGUCUUAAAGGUCCUUUCCAACCAUAAUGAUUCAGUGGCAGGGGGUUAUUAAGCACUGAACAGGCUGCCCAGGGGACUGGGAUCCCAAAGCCCUGGAGCUGAGCUGCUGAGGGCUGUGGCUCAGUGCUGGGCUUGGAUUUGGUGGUCUUAAAGGUCCUUUCCAACCAUAAUGAUUCAGUGGCAGGGGGUUAUUAAGCACUGAACAGGCUGCCCAGGGUGCUGGGAUCCCAAAGCCCUGGAGCUGAGCUGCUGAGGGCUGUGGCUCAGUGCUGGGUGUGGAUUUGGUGGUCUUAAAGGUCCUUUCCAACCAUAAUGAUUCAGUGGCAGGGGGUUAUUAAGCACUGAACAGGCUGCCCAGGGGGCUGGGAUCCCAAAGCCCUGGAGCUGAGCUGCUGAGAGCUGUGGCUCAGUGCUGGGUGUGGAUUUGGUGGUCUUAAAGGUCCUUUCCAACCAUAAUGAUUCAGUGGCAGGGGGUUAUUAAGCACUGAACAGGCUGCCCAGGGGGCUGGGAUCCCAAAGCCCUGGAGCUGAGCUGCUGAGGGCUGUGGCUUUAAGACCAAAUGGUGGUCUUAAAGGUCCUUUCCAACCGUAAUGAUUCAGUGACAGGAGGAGCCGGGGGUGCAACGUGCCACCAGCCUGGGGUAAAACAGGGCAGGGGCUGCGAGGGGGAGCAGAGCCCAGCCCUUCCUCAGCGCUGCCCGGCGGCGUUGGGGGCCCGGGGGCUGUUGCCCAGUUUCCCCGGCUUGCACACGAUGGCAGCAGAGGCGAGGAAAGGCGCCGGGUCCGUGUCCCGCGGCUGCUCCUGCCCCGCGCUCCCGGCGCCGGCUCCUCCUCCGCCCGUCCCGUGACGGUCCCAGGGGUGACAUUUACCUGCCCAACCUGCGCCGCGACACCCGGCCGGUUCCUCCCCUCCGCUCCCGGCCUCGCCCGCACCCUCCGACACGCACGGCCUCGCCUUGCCGCCCGGGACCCUGCUCAGCACCCCCGGGACCCCGCUCAGCACCCCCCGCACCCCGCUCAGCACCCCCCGCGCCCCGCUCCGCACCCCCCGCACCCGGCUCCGCACCCCCCGCGCCUCUCUCUGCACCCCCCGCACCCCGCUCCGCACCCCCCGCACCCCGCUCAGCACCCCCCGCACCCGGCUCAGCACCCCCCGCACCCGGCUCAGCACCCUCCGCGCCCCGCUCCGCACCCUCCGCACCCCGCUCGCUCCCUUCCUGGGACGAAACUUUGUCCCUUGUCGCCGUCGCUCGGCCGCCGGCCCCGCUCCGGGCUGCCAGGGGAAGGAGGAAACCCGGCGGCGGCGACAUGGGCAGUGCCGAGGAGGAUUAUAACUUUGUCUUCAAAGUUGUCCUGAUUGGGGAGUCUGGGGUGGGUAAAACCAACUUACUCUCCCGCUUCACCCGCAACGAGUUCAACCACGACAGCCGCACCACCAUCGGCGUGGAGUUCUCCACCCGCACCAUCCUGGUGGGAGAUGCCAUGGUGAAGGCUCAGAUCUGGGACACAGCCGGGCUGGAGCGCUACCGUGCCAUCACCUCUGCGUAUUACCGGGGAGCUGUUGGUGCUCUGGUUGUCUUUGACAUCACCAAGCACCAGACAUAUGACGUGGUGGAUCGCUGGCUGAAGGAGCUGUACGACCACGCUGAGGCCAGCAUCGUUGUCAUGCUGGUGGGAAACAAGACUGACCUGGCCCAGGCUCGGGAGGUGCCCAUGGAGGAGGCAAAAAUGUUUGCAGACAACAAUGGGCUGCUGUUUGUGGAGACCUCAGCGCUGGACUCCACCAACGUCGAGCAGGCUUUUGAGACCAUCCUGAAGGAGAUCUUCCAAAAAGUGCAGCAGCAGAAGCAGAGGAGCAGCCAGAGCAACACGGUGUCACUCAGCAGCGAGAGCCCCGAGAGCACAGCCCCGGCGCAGGCAGAGAAGCGCCCGUGCUGCGUGGCCCUCUGAGCUGCCAGCCCCAUGGGAAGCCCCCAGGGACCCCCACAGCCUCGGGACAUGCCAGUGGCAUAGAGCUGGGUCUAGCCUGGUGCCACCCAGCCUGCAGGGCCACCCUGUCCUGGGGCAGUGGGGACCAGCAGCCCGGACAGUGGCCAAAUUCUGCCAUAAAGGGUGAGAAGCACCAGUACCAGGAGCUCUCCUCUGUCUGCCUCGUUUGUGCCAGGCCCUGAUUAGCAUCACUGGACCUCCCAGGGACCUCCCAGCCCCUCCAGGCUGAGACACCCCGAGGCACUGCUGGGGAAAGAGCCAGGAGGCUCUGGCCAGGAUGGUGCCAGCAAUGGGAGGCUCUCCAACUGUGUCUGGCCAUGGAGUUCCUCCUGUAGGGCCACCCCAUGCCAUGCACUGGGGAUGUAGUUGUCCCCUCAGGUCUCUGUCUCCACAAAAGACUGCUCAUGGGUUGUCCCAAACCCUAAGGAGUGAUGUGGCAGCACCCAGCCCUUGGCCCACCUCUGUCAUCACCCCAGAAGUGGGACAAGCGUGAUGGCAAGACCCAGCAAAGGUCCCUCCUGCCUGCACAGGAUGAGGCUCAGGGCAGAGCUCGGUGUGAGGGGCCUGGGAGCAGCUCCCUGUCAGGCCCAAGGGUGACACAAUCAUUAAAGGACUUGUGAAAUGCA